AAGUAAAUUCCUUGCAUCUGAGAAGUGAUAUCAUCUCCGCUUCAGGAAAGACCCAACAAGAAAACCCAGAGAAAAAACAUUCCACAAUAAUCAACAAAAAUGUACUUGCGUCAGAAAAAAGAAAGGUGGAGACAUUUAGGAUUACUCAGCCUUCUAAGUAUCAUUCCAGUGGAGGAACAACGAAAACUCAGGGCAGAGCUUCAGGAUCAACCAUGGAACAAUCCUCACCUCAGGCAAUGCAGCUGUCGUCCUCUCAGGUUCCAGUACCUCCUUCACCAUUCCAAGAAGACAGUAAUAUAUCUGCUCAGGAUCUACUCUGUGAUAGUCACACUGGUGAUACUCAACAUGCUACAGAGACAGUAGAAAGACUGAUGAAUGGUGCAAUACAAGGACUUCAGACUACCGGGGAUGCCAUCCUUCGUAAUUUAACUGUGGAAUAUUUUGAUCAUGAAACACAGUCAAGGGAUCGUGAGCUUCCUGCAAAUAAGAGGAGGAAGUUUGAAAGUCUGGCAGAAAACCCAGAUCCUUCUCAUGGAGGCCUGGGACCUAAUGAUAACAAUACACAUGAAGCUGGUGAUUCAUUUGGUAGCUUCAGGAGCCGGACCGACCAUCGUGAAGCAAUGAAACCAUGUGUGGAAGCCAGUAAUGAGCAGAACAGUCUUGUAAACAAUGGGGGAUCUGUCAAAGGCAGCUUCCAGAAUUGUGAAAAUUCAAGCCUCAAAACCAGGGCAGAGUCUAGUGUAUCAACAUCAGAUGCAGCUAAUCAGUCUCCUGUGACAAGUAUUGCAGCAGCAAACACGUCUUAUAACAUCUCCAACAUGGUUUCUGAAAUACACUCAGUUGGAGAACAAAGGACACAGGAAGCAAAAUACCCAGAUAUUCCUCAGCAUAAGUCUUUCAGCAAACACAGUCUUUCACCAUCUAAAUGUGAUCUUUUUGAAUUGAAUAAAUACUAUAAGGAUGUUGAACCUAUGGUGGAAAAUGUAAUGUCCCAGAUUAUAGUAGUAGAAGAUUCCGACGAUUCAGACAAAGAAGCUGAUGGAUAUGUAAAAUCUGUCUUAGAUAAUAGUGAAUCGCAGAAAGGUCCAAAAGACUUGGAUACCUCUGGCCUGUUAAAAAUGGGGGAAAAGAUUCCAACGAUUGGAGGUGAAUGUGUUAGAGAUUCUAGAUUGAGUCCUAUCCAGCAAAUCGAAUCCCUCGCCCCAGCUGUGAGUUACAAGCUACCACACUUUUUACCUACUCUAAAACCAUCUGCACAGAUGAGCAGUACCGAUUCUACGCACUUGAUGAGCAAGCCAGGUUUGGUUGGAGAAAGAUCUGACAUCCAGCCAACAAUACAACCUGGGACUGCCUUUCAGCUUUCUGAACAAAGAAACCGAGUUUACUUCAAUCCUCGUAUGAUGCAUCUGUGGCCUCAGAUUCAGCAAUGUAACCAACAUGCAUAUCCACAACCGUGUAUUCUUUAUCCUCAAUCUGUUUCUCCACUAAACUAUGCACCUAGUUCCUUACCGUACCCAGUGUCCAACUUGUCCAGCACCUCUGGCCUGCCAUGGAAUGCAAACGCAUCACUGUGUGUUAAUUUCCAUCCAUAUCAGAACUCGUUACCAUCAUAUCCUUCAGUGAUAACAUAUCCCACAGCAUUCAUGUCCACACAAACAGCUGUGACCACCAGAACUUGCACCCCACCUUUGAGGGAGUCUCCUGUUUGUGUGGAACAUGGUACCUUGCAGCAGCAGCAGAAGAUUGGUCAGCUGCUCAAACAAACAGUCUCUCAUACUAUUACUGAAAAUGAUGACAAAAUUGAACCUGGUAUGCCAGGAGAUGAUUGUAGCCCUCCACACUUCACAGACGAGCCUUGUGUGACUCGUAUCACAAACAGUGAUCACAAAAGCAAACCUUUGCCAGUAUCAAGCCAAGAUUCUGACACAGAAGCAGUUACACCUUUGAAAGAAAUUACCAAGUUUGAUCAGUGUCUUGAAGACAUCUCGGACAAUGAUGACCUGGGUCUUGGAUCAGUUGAAAAAGACGUUGAAGUGCCAGAAUUUAGGGAAAGGAUUCAAGAUCAUAUAAAAUCCUGCCUUGACGACCUGGAAGAUUUCACGCAUGACAUGCAUGAGGGAAGACCUGAUGUUGGCCUGGAGCCUGGACUGAACCUGUCCAGUACGUACUACACCUACUGUGAUGAAGUGCCGAUGCCAGAGAGACUACAGUGCACACUUAGUCAGGGGGAGAGGACGGUGCUUCGGCAGUUUGCUGAUGUUCAGAAGCAGGUGUACGAGUCUUUGCCUGACAAUCCCUGGGGCCUCCGCGCUGGUGUCUCUGAGGGUGGUAUUGUCAAUGCUGAUGAUGACUUCCUUCUUCAGGGAAAACCAGGCGAUCUGGAUGACAUCCUGUCUGGCAUGUAUGCACUGUGUCGGUCUGGGAAGAAGUGGCUGAUGCUUGUCCACUCCAGUGUCAUCAUGCAGUUGGCUAAAACAAGAGAGACAGACUCGGAGCAGUGUUUGGUGCAAAAGACCCUGGCGCUGAUCUCCACUUUCAGGAAGCGUGGCAUUGUGCGGCUUAUCUCCCAAUGUGAUUGCGAUCGCUACAUGCGCAGCGCCUACAGCCUCGGACUGUGUGUGUCCAAGUUCAGCCAGAAGGAAUUCCCUCUGCUCCGACUUAGCGUUGUAGUCUCAGAAAAACCUGACAAAACGCUUCAAGUUACCGAUGGAACUCGCCAAGUUGUCUACAUCCAACCGAAAGCCUUCAUUCAGCAAUAUCUCACAUCUUGACCAGUCUCCCUUCACCAUCUCAUCUCCAAGUCUGCACCACCAUUUGGCAGCCUGGAAAGGCUGUUGGUCACACUCUAAUAACAUGGUGUACUGUACAGUUUACAAGUAACUUGGACUUCUUGUCACAAGCACCUGUUUCCCUAAAAUAUCGCCCAGGUUUCAAAUCCGACUGUAAUCUAUGCACGGGUAUCUUCAAGUACCAAUCUCCAGAUAGCUAAUAAGCUAACAUUUUUGGCUGAUGUGAUAAACCUUAGUUGUACAAUUAUUUUAGUGAUGUUCACAAUACAAAUGGUUUGUACCAACAAACUAAUUAAACCCCAUGAAGUGUUGUCCCUCACCAACUCGGCCACAAACCUAUGACAAAGCUCUGUCAGUGAUAUGUGUGCAUUCUUUGAACUCAAAGUGACAAAACUCAUUCAGUGACGUGUAGAGAGUGUGAGUUUUCCUGGGCCAAAACUCGGUGUAGGCUCUCCUUGCUUUGUGUAAAUACACGACAUUACCUUACAAGACAUACACUAACCCUUGCCAGGCCCACAAUGGUGUGAGUUCCUUUUACAGUGGUUACACCCAGACAGUGAUGAUUAAACAUGGUAACAUCAUUUCUACAUGUUCCCUGCAAACCCUCUCUAUACAAUGGCCUGUGAUUGACAGCUAAAACUGUUGUCUGUUCCUGUGCCAGUUUCCUACAGAUGUACAGUUGAUAUAAAACUGUAUUGCCAUUCACCAAUUAGUACUAGUCAGUAGUUAGUAUUAAUAUAUGAAACUGCUUUUUUGGAACAAUAUGUAUAAUUCAAAGGUGCCCCCAUAUGUUUAUACUAUAGUGCUGCCCUACCUAUGGGAAUGCUUAUCAGCUAAGAGUUUAUGGCAGAGCACCUGUUUACGAGCAUUGGUACUAAGAAUCACAUGAAGCUUUUAGCUUGAUAUUGAGCACAAAGUACACAGAAUCGUGUACAAACAUUACCUCCAAGUCUGAUAUUGUACAGAUGUUCACAAUACCAAUUGAUUGUACCAACCAACUAAUUAAACCUCACGAACAAUGGUACCAAGAAUCAGACAAAGCUUCAAGCUUGAUACUGAGCACAAAGUACACAGUAUUGUGUACAAACAUUACCUCCAAGUCAGAUAUUGUACAGACUUGCAGCAGAUUAUUAAAUCAAGGUCAACUGUAAGUAUAUGAACAAAGUAACAUGUUUAAGAAGGAUCGAAGGUUCAUUUGAGUAAAAGCUAAGUGUAU